AUGAAAAAAUUUGUAUCUUUAGCUGGAGCUAUUUUACUUGGAACAGUAAUAGCAUCAGAGACUAAAACUUCAGAGUUGAAUGCCCAGCAAGACUUAGAUAUACCAUUUGUUACUACAGUAAAGCCUGUUCAUUCAGCUUUGAAAGAUCACAGCAAAGUAAAAAAUAAGUCAAGAUAAAAUGCUGAAUCAGUAGGCAAGUCAUCCCUUACAUCCCAUGAUGAACUGGUUGAGUGCAAUGAGUAACAUGAUGAAGAUGAUAAAUUGUCGAUUGGCAGCGGCUAAUCAAAAACAUCAGGCGACGUAUCAGUAGAUUCUAGCUCAGUUAAAUCUGACAAACAAAUAAAUCAUUUAAAGAAGGAACUACACAAAAGACCAAGAUCAUAAGACCAGUAAGACUCUGAUAAUUAUACUAAGAAGAUUUAUAAAGAAAAGAGAUACUCAUCCACUAAUACUUAUCCUAAAGAUUAGGUUGAAGUUAAAGAAAUCAGGGGUAGAGAGCAAUAGAAAUACCUUUAAAAGUAUAGAAGACCAUAUAACAUUAAUUCACAAAAACUCCCAAAAACUAGAAUGCCAUUAAUAAGACUUCCUUAAUAUACUUUUGAUAGUGAUGAUGAUGAAGAUGACGAUGAUGAAAGUAUGAGCAUCAUGUAUACUCCAAAGUACUAGUAAGCCUAUAAUGUGCACAAAGCUACUUUAUCAUAUCAAAGACCAUAGAAACGAUCGUCAUUAUAUGUCUAAACACCAAACUUAAAUUAUAAUAACGGUUAGUUCGUUAAGCCCUUAAUAAGAGGAAAUGGAAAAUUAAUGGUCAAAGAUGCGAUAGAUGAUUAAUCUAAAGAACAAUUCAUAAGAUAUUCAAGAGGAUUAGAUGCUUCAUCAUUACCAUUAUAUGUAAUGAAUAGCUAGAAUCACUAAGGCUAGGUUUCUUUUUAAAAUCAUCAAGUGAUGCUUCAUGAUUAUUUAGACAAAAUUUAGCCACUUAGAAAUUCAAGAAAACUCGAUGAUCUUGCCGUAUAAAUGCCAUAUAAACCAGCUAAAAUUUUAGAUACUAGCUAUGGAAUGAAUUUUGGUGAUUGGGAAUCUUAAAAACAUAACUCUGAUCCUAGCAGAUUGUAGCAAAAAAUGCUGUAUAAAAGUAUUUUAAAUUCAUAGUAUUGA